AAUAUACCGCCAAAUUCCUAUUUUCUACCUAACGCCUUUAUUUACUGUCCUUUUUUUCUUUUUCUUUAUUUCUCCUCUUAUUCAUUUGUACUUAACAUUAUUGUUUACCAAAAAAUUAAUUGUCACUCAUAAAAAUAAGCAUAUGCUUUUUAAUAUUCUUUGUGUUACUAAUUCCACCCCUUUUUCCACAUUAUAAAGCUCACUAUUUUGGUUGCUAUCUUUCCCAUUUAUAUACUAGUGAUUUUGAUCAUAUUUACACCUUCAAAGUAAAUUAUUUUCCUAGGAAUUAUUUUAUUAAUUGGGUUGAAAUAUAUAGGAAAUAAAAAAAAAAUGAAGUUUGGGAAGAGGUUGAAGCAACAAAUUCAAGAGACAUUGCCAGAAUGGAGGGACAAGUUUUUGUCAUACAAGGAGUUGAAGAAGCUUGUACGUUUGAUCUCCACGACGACGAUACCGCCCGGUGGUGAUAUGUUGCCGGAGUAUGGCAAGCCUGAGUCUGAAUUUGUCCUGCUAUUGAAUAAUCAGAUUGAUAAAUUCAACACUUUUUUCAUGGAGAAGGAAGAAGAUUUUAUUAUUAGGCACAAGGAAUUACAACAGAGGAUUCACAGAGUUCAAAAUACAUGGGGGCCAAAAGGAAGUCAUCCUUCUGAAUUAUGUUACAAAGAAGAAUUAGGAAUGAUUAGAAAACACAUAGUCAAUUUUCAUGGUGAAAUGGUGCUUCUUAUCAACUACAGCAACAUCAACUACACUGGGCUAGCUAAGAUCCUAAAGAAGUAUGACAAAAGAACAGGAAGUUUGUUGAGGUUGCCAUUCAUACAAAAGGUGCUUGAACAACCAUUCUUCACGACGGAUCUCAUAUCGAAGCUAAUCAAGGAGCUAGAGGCAACAAUAGAGGCAACGUUUCCUCGUGGAGUCGAUCACGAAGAACACGUAGAAGAUAGUAAAAGAAAGAGAGAAAAUAAUUAUGAGUUACUAGUUGUGGGUGAAGGCAUAUUUAGGAAUACAGUGGCUGCUUUACUAACUAUGCAAGAUAUAAGAAGAGGAAGCUCUACUAUUAGUCAUUUCUCUUUGCCUCCUCUUAAUUUGCCUAAGUUUGAGGUUGGACAAUCCAUGCUAUAACCUUAGCUUCUUCAAAACCAAUCGUCUAAUUAAUUAUAUUUGUAUUAAUCUCGUAUAACCAUUUUUAUAUAUCAAAAUGGUUAUAUAACUUUAGGGUAGUAUAAAUUAAAUUGUCAUGAUUUAUAUGUUAGAGAUUAUUGGCUUAUUGCCAUGAGUAUUGAUGACAAUUUACCUUUCUACUGUCUACUGAUAUUAUUAUUUGAUAUAGUUUUGCUAUU